AUGGGCUCUCUCGCACUACCACCAUAUAAAAUCAGCGAAGUCGAUCUCGCAAAAUCACUUCACGAAAGCUGUCAAUUCGGCGCCGCGCACCGCUAUGGAAAGGCUUCCACAGAAACCGGCAUGGCGCGCCUAAGUCUCGAUGACUCGGACAAGCAAGUGCGAGAUUGGUUCAUCGCCUACGCCAAGUCGCUGGGCUUAAAGACUUCAAUUGAUCAAAUGGGGAAUUUGUUUGCAAUUCGACCUGGUAGAAACAAUGAUUUGCCCCCGAUCAUGAUGGGUUCACAUCUUGAUACGCAGCCUACUGGUGGUCGCUAUGAUGGUAUUCUUGGUGUUAUUUCUGGCCUUGAGGUUUUGCGAACGUUGAACGAUCAUGGGCAUGAGACUGCAGGACCUAUUGGAGUGGUGAACUGGACCAAUGAGGAGGGCGCUCGCUUUCCCAAGAUGGCUGUGUCUUCAGGCGUAUGGGCGGAUGUCAUUCCUCUCGAAACCGCAUGGGAUCUUCGAGAAGUACUCGCUGCCAACCCGAAGUCGAUGAAGGAAGAGCUUGAUAGGAUAGGCUACUGUGGCGAACAGCCUGCUUCAUAUCGAUCAAACCCAUUCGCGGCGCAUUUCGAGCUUCACAUCGAGCAGGGACCUAUCCUAGAAGACGAGGGUCUCAAAAUUGGCGUUGUGCACGGCGUCCAAGCUUUCAAGUGGUUCAACAUCACCGUCAAAGGCCGAGACAGCCACGCAGGCACAACACCACUAUACGCCCGCAAAGACCCUGUCUUAUCCGCCAGUAAAAUGCUCGUCGCCGCCAACACCAUCGCCAAAAAGCACGACGGCCUCGCAACAACCGGUAUCUUUACCACCGACCCCGGCACCGUCAACACAAUGGCUCACACCGUAAAAUUCACACUCGAUCUCCGCCAUGUCAAGGAUGAAGUCCUCGCCGAGAUGGUAAAGGAGUGCGAAGCCGAGUUCCAGCGCAUUUCUCAUGACGAUAGUGAGAAGGGCUGUGAAGUCGACUGGGAGCUCCUUGUUGACAGUCCAGCUGUCAAGUUUAAUCAAGAGUGUAUUUCGGUCGUGGAGCAGAGCGCUGCGGAUGUUUGCUCGACGUUACCACAGAAUGCGGAGGGCAAGCUUUGGAGACCGAUGAUUAGUGGUGCGGGGCAUGAUAGCUGCUACACGAAUCGGGUUUGUCCUACGAGUAUGAUCUUUACGCCGACGAGAUCGGGGAUUAGCCAUAACCCGACCGAGUAUUGCUCGCCGGAAGAUUGUGCACUUGGUGCGAGUGUUUUGCUGGGAGCGGUUUUGCGAUAUGAUAAGCUUCGUGCAAAGAGGAACGAGUGA